AUGGGAUUGUUCAAGGAGAUGAUGAAAGGAGAGGAAGACAGGAGGGAUGAACAGGUAGUUAAUGUUGGUGAUGGCAUUAAGGAAGACAACAAAAAGUUGUUCCUCUCCAGAUCCUUGUUGAGAAAUACUAAGUUGCGUAAUGAGCAGAAUCAUGUCAUAAAUGAAUUGGUAGCAUACUUAUGGGUGAAGAAGUCUUUACUUAAGCGGAAGCAGGAAACAUAGAAGGUCAAGCCAGAGAUGUCCAAGCCCCAGAUUGACAAUGACAUGCAGACAUGGGUUCUGAAUGCAGCUCAAAGGAAGAGGCUUCAACAACAGAUGCAGCAGCACGUUCAGCUCCUGACUCAGAUUCACCUUCUGGCCAGCGCCAACCCCAGCCUCAGUUCGGAGGCCAAUACCACCAAGAUGUUUCUUAAGGAACUGGGGACCUUUGCUCAAAGCUCUGUUGUCCUUCACCAUCAGUUCAAUCCCAAAUUUCAGACCACAUUCCAGCCCUGUAACCUGAAGGGUGCUCUGCAGCUCAUAGAAGACUUUCAUUCGCACAUCAACAUCGACUUGAGCCCUCGAAAAAAUGUCAAGGAGAGUGCCACUGAAUUUCCUUGUAUGCCGAAGCAAGUUGCCUGGAUCCUGGCCACAAGCAAGGUCUUCAUGUAUCCAGAACUACUACCAAUUCGUUCCCUGAAGGUGAAGAAUCCCAGGGACAAAAUAUUCUUUACCAAAGCAGAAGACAAUUUGUUAGCUUUGGGGCUGAAACACUUUGAAGGGACUGAGUUUCCUAAACCUCUAAUCAGCAAAUACCUCCUGACUGCCAAGUCUGCUCACCAGCUGACCGUGAGAAUCAAGAACCUCAACAACAGCCGGGCUCCGGACAAUAUCAUUAAAUAUUAUAAGAAGACCAAGCAGCUGCCAAUAUUGUUUAAGUGUUGUGAAGAUCUUCAGCCUGAUCAGUGGAAGCCACCAGUGGAGAGGGAAGAGCGGCAUCUCCCUUUCUGGUUAAAGGCCAGUUUGCCGUCUAUCCAGGAGGAAAUACAGCAUUUAGCUAAUGAUGCUGGAGAAUCAAGAAAUAUGGCUGGAUUUGCUGAGACCAGUUCUGAGCCAGGUCUAGAGUCAAAGAAUGAUAGCCAAUACCCCCUGCUGCUGCCCAAGGGUGUGGUGCUGACAUUGAAACCGCUGGCCAAACGAUUUUCAUCUAGGAGGAUUUGGAGGCAAAGGUCAUCGGUCCUGAAACCCCUCCUUAUCCGCCCUGCCCCUUCUCUCCAGCCUAGUUCAAAUGACAAUACUGGAGUCCCAGUAGCCCAGUUGGAAGCGCCUCCAAGCAAAGUGGAAAUCUCAAACUCCCAACUGAUCCAGCCAGCCACUGUUUUGCACACUAGAGUUCCAGAGGCUUCACCUUCGGCCGUCACUGGAGGGGAUGGCAUACCCAUGGCUUUGCCAGCUAUAGCCCCUGAAAAUGGGACCCCUACUCCAGCCACGUCCCAGUCCUUCCUCUCUCCUACUUCAGCAACCUUCCCAUCGCCUGUUACCCCCAAACUGUGUGUGUCAGGGGUGAAGCCCCCAAAGAGAAAGUGGGCUAAGGCCUCCCGACUCUUGAAACCUACCCCCGUCCUUCCUUCUCCCUCAGUAAUCCUCACUGUUCCUGCCACUGUGAUCCAGCCUCUUACAGCCAUAGCUCAGAGCCCUCAGACCAUCCCCAUAACUGCCCUUUUGCUUAGCCCUACAUCCUUCAUCUGUCCUUUAAACCAGCCCUUUAUAGCUUCUUCUCUUCCACCCUUAAUUGUCUCUGGUAACCCUGUGAAUCUCCCUGUGCCACUCAUCCCUGAGGAAAAUACACAGGUGAAACCAAAUAUUCCUCAUCCUCAGGCUGAAGGGGAAAGUGCCUUUCCAGCCACUGAGCCGAAAACAGAACCCCAAGAGUCGUCUUCUCUUUGUCCAUGUCCGUACCCCAAAGAAGAACAUAGCCCAGGGCCUCCCACCCCAGGCAGGGAGAGUCAGGUAGACUCAUUUGAGGGUAACACUCAUAGUUGGACUGUUGUGAAAACACUGGAUGGGAGGCAAGUCCUGGAGCCACUGUCUCACACCUCUCAGAAAACCAUUGAUUUUCUGCAGGGGAAUUUACUGAACAUUGUUAAAGUAGAACCUGAGGAGCCUGAGGAGGAAGCCAAUUCAACUUGGAAUAGGUUCCCUGAGCCAGGCAUUUGUGAUGACAUAAAAAAAGAAGUCUUCAUGGAGCUGGAUGUGGAGCCUUCAUAUGAGCAGGCAGGUGGUGCUCCAGAAGUGAAGAAAGAGGCAGUUUUAGAAAAGCAGGAGGAAGGUGAGACAGCAGUGUUCCCAGCCUCCAAGGGGACUCAGGGCGAAGGGAGCCCACGAGGAAAGAUGAGCAAGGAGUCUCUUGAGAACAUUUCCUCUGCUGCUAAUCCUGAUACCAUACUUAGUAGUCUCCUUGCUAAGCCUGAAGAGUCAUCCAGUGUUGAUGGCCUGUCAGUGGGGACCCCAGCUGGGCCAGAAACAGGGGGUGAGAAGGAUGGGCCAGAAGAGGAGGAAGAUGAUUUGGAUGAUCCUGACCAAGAUGAAGAAAUGGCAUCCAUCUCUGAAGAAUCAGUGCACUCUGGCCCAGAGCUUCAGGAGACGGAGAAGCUGACACGACUGGUGUCUGGGAGGUACGUGGGCCCAGAGAGGGAUUCUGAGGAAGAGAAACCUCAGAAAGAGAAUUCUGGUCCUGAGGAUGUGGUGAAAGUGGAAGAAAUGAAAAGUCCAAAGAAAGAAGAUGAGGUGAUGGCUGAAGCGGGUAGAGAUCCUUCUUUCUACGUUCACUUCACCUAAGGUGGUCCCAGAAGUGGAGACCAAAAGGACACCCAACCCAGGGGAAAGCACCAAAGCUGUUGGACAUCUGGAGCUAGCGAAGCCUUGUAGGGGCCAGAAAGGACAUCCUAAAGCUGCUCUUCCAAUACAAUGAGUGCAUCCUAGAAUGGAACUCCCCAAGAGAAAAGGAUCUGGUGGGCCUGGUUCCAGUGGACCUAGCUAGCAUAAGACCACCGAUGCCCAUGGGACUUGCUUUGGACAGAUUGUCUCUAUUUCCUGAAUUGACCUACCUCUAUUCAGAUGGGCACUCACCCAGCCAGUUCUCAGAUUUGUUCUUGUGCCUUGAUCUCACUUUGUAUUCCUAUAUUUUUUUCUGUGUAUACAUCUCACAGCUGGUCUAGGGAGUUCACAAAUGGCAUUUAACCCACCAUGUAUGAUGGACUAGAAUUUCUCUAACCUGGUGAGCUUAUCACUUUGUCUUUGGUUGUCAAGCUUUUGCUUUAAUUGGUUUGUUUGCAAUAGCUGCAAGAGCAAAGCAUGACCCCAUUUGAAAGGUGCAGUCAGAAUACUCUGUAACGCUCCAAGUUGGCUGGUACGAGUUGGUGAUUUUUGCAGAAGUCAAGCUGCUAGAGAAGCCUGUACCAGCGGCCACUUUCUUGUGUGCUCUUAAAACUCUCUUGAGGCUAGAGAAUUCCCAAUGCUGAGAAUCCUUAAUCAAGAGGGACAACACUCCAAGAGCCAUCACUGUUACAUCUACCAUUCCUCAGACCAAGCAUUCUUUGAAGGCGGGUGAUGUGUUAUAACAUACCAGGGUUAUGGGGGUCUUGAGGUCAGGAGUGAUUCUAGGGUUCAAAUGCAUGUGUUCCUCUUAAGUAUCCUCAUCAAUAAAUUCCCUUUAUCAACUUA